AUGAGUACGCCAUCCAUCGGCGAGAGCGUCGCCUCCAUUGCCGACAGCCUUGACGGUGAGGAGUUUCUGGCUGCCAGUCUCUUUCACCCGAGCAAUGUCGAUCUCCGCUCCACGGUGCAUGACUCUCCACGGAAGAGCUUUCAGCCGCGCUUUGCGCGCAUCAAUUCGAUGGAUUACCGGGGUCAAAGCAUCGUUGAGAACAUGAACAAUACGUCGCCUAUCAGCUGCUUAUCGUCGCGUAUGUCGCAAAGGCCGCAUCUGCGGAAGCCCGUAGCGGCAAACCGGCCUGCCGAGGCGGUGACUAACAUAUUACCACUGCAUUCCGACCAUACGCAGCCGAGGGACAAACCGCUUUCUGGCUUCAUGCUUGACGCUGGUGACCCGAAGGCGGCGUACUCGAGUGCGCCGACACGGCCGAAGUGCGCCACUUCAUCUGUACCAGCCCUGCUCUCAACGGCGGCGAAGGUGGCGGCUGCCAAAAGCUCUCGUCAGGCGCUGAAGACCUCCACAAGCAACUCACAGACUGCUUCCGGUUCGGAGCACACUCCCAGCAGCGAUGCCGUUGUGGAUAUGCCCUCGGCCUCGGCAUUCUCAUGCACCGACAGCGCCAAGCGCGUGCAAGAGGUACCUACGUCAAGGCCCGUUGGAAGUUGGAAGAGGGCUACUAGCGGCAGCGAAUCGAGGGAAACCACGCCGCGGAGCCAUCCACCGCGCAGGACUGCCGACUCCGCUGCAACGGCGUCCGUAGACGCACACCGCAGCGGCAUCGUCGUUCACAUGCCCCCUCAAUGCGAAGGCGUAGACUUCAUCCACAGCGACGAUGCUCACAUUACUGGCACUCAUCGACGGGGAACGGUGCCAGCUCCUACCGCGAGUGCGAAACUGACUCCGACGCUGUUGAAUGCGUUGUCGCCUUACUCGUCAUCACCGGCAACAAGAGUCCCCUCAGCACCUUCGCUACUGUCGAGGUUUCGCUCUGUGCCGGUUGAGAGCAGCAGCAGCGUUGGCGGUGCCGGAUCAUCUCCGCAGCGGACUUCGCCAGAAAAGUGCGCGGCAACAGAGAGAAGCCGGGCCUCCGCGCUGUUAGUCCCAGCUGGUGCCGCCAACCAGGCCGCUGUAUCUCCCCUGUCGCCGGAGCACAUCUCCUCCAUGCCGUCGUCGAACUCGCAGGCAGCGGAGCGCGACGGCAGUGGUGGCUCAGCACCGUUGCGCCAAAAUGUUAGCAAACACCGUCACUCGAUGCGGGUGCUGCCACAGUGCUCCACGGGCGUGCACAACACCGAAAAAAACGACGCCGCAGCAGUUUCCAUCCCCAUGGUGUCGAAGGCAUCGAAGGCGGUGAGCCGUAAUAGCACCUCUAGGUCGCAGCCCCUUGUCGCGACUCCUUCCGUAGCGCCGGAUUUGGCAUACGUGACGCGUUCCUCUGACGGCAGUCCGUCUGCAAUCGCUCGGGUGCCACAGCCACCAGCAAAGGUGAAGUCUCUGAAGAUGAACGCGCCGCAACCCACAGCCGCUACGCAGCGGCACGCAGCACCUUUGCAGCUGCCUGCGCGCAAAAUUCUGGAACCUGUCCCGGCGCGCGUUGUGCUGGCCAGGGGUCCCGAACACAGGGGUACUCAAACGCUGCGGGGCAACCAACAUCAAGAGCGCCAUUCGCCGAUCGAUCUUGUGAAGUGCAACGAGAAGUUUCCCGCAAAGACCAGCACUUCGCAGAAGUCAGACUCGCUGCUGAACGCCAGCGGGACCGACGUCAGCGACUCAAAGCAGCGCGUCUACUUCUGUACACUGUCCCUCGGCGACGCGAUCAUGUCGAGCUUCGCCAGGGACGCUGGAGACCUGCACCUCAAGGUGAAUCGGCCAAGCAUCUUCACCUCGGCUAUUCGCACAACGGUGAAGGGGCCUGGAGGGCUGAGAGGCGCCAAAGUUGCCCCGCUCGCUCAUCUUCAACCGCUGCCGAACCCCUCUUCGCGGCGACCGUCGAAUGAUAGUGCGUCUCCCGUGUCUUUGACGCCGCCGCGCGCGGAUGUAGCUACCGCGCCUCCGUCACCUCAGUUGUACUCAUCUGGUGGAUCACCUUUGUGCUCCGAUUCUCACUCGGCGCAGGCGCCGUUAUCACCAAGCGACGGGUGCCGAUGCUCGUCACGGUCGCCUCCAACCAACGUCUCAGAGGAAGGUACUAUGUCAGUCGAGCCGCUCGAACCGAAGAACAUUCUCCCUUCCCACAGUGGUCACCAGUGCUAG